AUGGACCCCGUCACACGUAUUUCAUUCAACACACAUGUGCUGAUAAAACUUCCCUCUGAUAAUCUAAAAAUAUGCGAAUUGAAAGCAGACAGUGACAUCUCGUUGGGCAAAUUCGGGGCGUUCAGGACAAAUGAUGUCAUUGGGUUCCCAUUUGGGACGACUUUCGAAAUUCAGUACGACAAUUUAGCCGAUGAUGAAAAUAUACCUAAUGUCAAGAAGGUUGAUGCAUCAAAGAGCUCAAAAGAGAAAUUCAAAAUACCAGUCGGUAACCUUAAAGUUAUUGACAGUAAUUUCCUGGCCGGCCGAAUCGCAAAUGGUUCCGGUUCGGAUGAGGAGUUCACACCACAGCCUGAAUUACAACUCAUCGGUAACAGUGACUCUAAUAAAAAUCUGAUCAACAUCGGCAGCAGCAUCCAAAAACUGUCCUCCGAAGAAAUCGAGCAAUUGAAGCUUCAAAGUGCGUCUGGAGAGGACAUCAUCAACAAAAUGAUCGAGGCGCACGGCAGCUUCCAUCAAAAGACUGUGUUUUCACAGGAAAAGUAUUUGAAGCGUAAAAAGCAAAAGUUUGCCAAACGCUUUACUGUUGAAUACUUGAGUAGUUCCGGACUCUUACAGUAUUUACUAGAUAAAGGUGAUGUUGUUCGCGCCAUGGACAUGUCUGAAGAAAGCUUAGGGAUGAUUCUCAACUUGGCCAAUAUCAGAUCUUCCGGGACAUAUUUAUGUGUGGACGAAACCGGCGGUCUCUUGGUAUACGCGAUGCUUGAAAGAAUGUUCGGAGGGGAUACUAAUGACACUGCUACCGGACAAAUAAUUGUGGUGCAUGAAAAUGAACACGCAAACCUAGAUCUGCUCAAGUUCUCCAACUACACUGAGGAAUUCAUCCAAACACAUGUCAAGACUAUAUCAGUACUCGAAUACUUUGAGCCGCCCAAGUUAGCAGAAGUUGAAGGAGCGCUCAAACCGCUGUCCGAUGAUGAAUUGAAAGCCAUGAAGAGCAACAAGAAGGGUGCAUAUUAUCGCCGCUUGAAAUGGUACAAUGGCCAACUCAACAUUAUAGAUUGGGCGACCAAACUCCAGUACGAUGGCUUGGUUGUUGCGUCUACCUUACAUCUCCCGUCGUUCGUACCGAGACUUGGCGAAAGAGUUCACGGCUCGAGACCAAUUGUUUGUUACAGUCAAUUCAGAGAAACGUUGUUGGAGCUAUCGCAUGUAUUGUAUGACGAUCUACGAUACCUCGCACCUAGCGUAAUGGAGACUCGUUGCAGGCCGUUUCAAACCAUAAGAGGUCGUCUUCAUCCUGCCAUGACAAUGAGGGGUGGUGGAGGCUACCUUAUGUGGUGCCACCGCGUUUUACCAGUUGAUCCCUCUGAAGUUAAAGCACCAGUUCCAUUCAUCGCUGAAGAUUCGGUGACGACAGAGGCGAAAAAACAAAAGACAGAAUAA